CCCACACACACGGCCGCACACAGACGCCCUGGCAGCCAGCCUCCUUACGCGGAGGGAAGGUUCCCCCGCGGCCCCCAUCGAGCACCAAAUCGCCUAGAGCGAGAUGAAGAUCCAGCGGCUCCUCCCGAAGUCCAUGCGCAGGAACGCCGUGGUGCGCGCCAUGCCAAGGUGGACCACGGAGCCCGAGUCCACCGAGUGGUUCGACAACUUCAACCUCGACGGCGAGGAGCUGAUCGGCUUCGUGCCCGAGCCCCAGCAGCCCAGCCCUCAAGGGCGAGAAGAAGAAGGAGCCGCCCAAGCCCACCCAGAUGGGCUUCGUGGUCGUGGACGGCAAGCAGCACGUGAUCGCCCUGGGCACGCCCGCCUCCUACCAGGUCGUGGUGGAGGAGGAGUUCAAGGCGCUCACCCCGCAGGAUAACGAUCAGGUGCACAAGCGGCAGCAGAAGGCCAAGGCGGACCGCGCUCAGCACCUCCAGAUGGUGGUGGAGCUGAUGCAGAAGUCGUUUCUUGCAAGCUCAGGCAGGCUGCUGAUUGCAGAGCUGGUGGUCGCAGGGCCCGCCAGCACCAAGGACGACCUCAUCAAGCUCCUGCCGCAGCAGCUGGCCAAAAUCGCCUCCAGCAAGACCACCUGCUACUCCGGGAAGUCGGGCUUGUGGGAGCUGGUGCAGGGCAUGCUUGCAGAGGAGUUCAAUCAGCAGAGGGAGCGACUGGGGCUCAAGCCCAAGAAGUACAAGCCCGGCAUGCCGAUGCCCGUCGCUCAGUGCCAGCAGCUGGGCAGGUGCCAGCAGGUUGGGAAGCACCAGCAGGCUGAUAAACAGCAGAAGGCUGACAAGCAGAAGUCUGGGAAGCACCAGCAGGCUGAUAAACAGCAGAAGGCUGACAAGCAGAAGUCUGGGAAGCACCAGCAGGGCGAGCCCAAAGACUGCGCCAAGCAGGCGAGCAAGCAGCCCGCCAAGUAGCAGGAGCAGUGCAAGAAGGGCAAGAAGCGAAGCAACUGAAGAUCCGGCCGGAGUGAGUGACGAGCCGCGGCCGGAGGCGGACU